AUGCCUUUUACAGAAUGCCUUUGCGGACAGCAUUUGCAGAAGGUAGAAUGCGAGCUGGACAUUUACCAAAUAUAUCACCGAAUGGAUGUAAUUCCCGCCUUUGUGAAACGACAACCUGUCCGUCGCUGUGGAACUCUUUUGAUUAAACACAUUCAAAAAGUAUGCAACGGCUGUCUAAGAUCAUCUACUGAUUCUAAUCCAAUGGUUAUGACAAAAAGAAUAUCAGCAGAAUCAAGGAAUCGAUUGAAAAGAGAUGCAGGAUUUAGCAAGAUAACAGAUAUCUGCUGUACACAACGAGCAUGCGAUGACGACGAGUUAAAACCAUUUUGCUGUUGA